UGGCGGAGAGGCAGAUUAUGUGAAGUUGUUCCGCCACACUUGGAAACCCACACCUUGAAAAUGUGGAGGAACCUGCAACCACUGCCUUCUUCUCUCUUCUUGUUCGUUUGACCAUCCCGGUUGUUGAUUCUUAUCCUGCCCAGCCACGGCGUUGUGAUUUUCUUGUCUGACUCUUUUUGGACGUCAGGCCGACUCUCAUUCAGACAUUCUCCUUGUCUUGUCUAUUGUAAUUCACUCCUCCGCUAGCGGACUGUACCUUUCAUCAGCCCGCUUGAGUUUGGCUCGUCUGUGGAAGUUCCCUUCUUCAACUUCCCAAUUCUAUACUUGAGGGCGCAUACUCUCAUCUGAGCAACUCUUCCCUUCUAUAUUCCAUUUUUGUUCCCAAAAAAGCGCAUAAGAUAAAAGCCGCCAUCAUGCCUCCCAAGAAAGCUGAUCAACCUAAGAAGAAGAAGGCCACGGUCGACGACAAGACCUUUGGUAUGAAAAACAAAAAAGGUGGUUCCGCCAAACGACAGAUCGCCCAACUCAACGCGCAAGCGGCAUCCAACAAGAACGCCGAAGAGAAGAAGCGAGAAGCCGAAAAGGCUCGUCGGGAGGCCGAGAAGAAGGCUGCUGAGCAAGCCAGGAAGGAGGCGGCCGACCUGUUCAAGCCCGUACAGGUCCAGAAGGUUCCUUUUGGUGUCGAUCCCAAGACGGUCGUUUGUAUUUUUUACAAGCAGGGCAACUGUGAGAAGGGUCGCAAGUGUAAAUUCAGCCACGACCUGAGCCUGGAGCGCAAGGCCGCCAAGAGAGAUUUGUACACCGAUUCUCGAGAUGUCAAGGCUGCGGAGGAGGAGGCCAAGAAGAAGGACACCAUGGACGAUUGGGACGAGGAGAAACUGCGCAAGGUCGUCAUGAGCAAGCACGGUAACCCUCGGACUACGACGGACAAGGUCUGCAAGUACUUUAUUGAAGCGGUCGAGAACCAGAAGUACGGUUGGUUCUGGACCUGUCCCAAUGGAGGCGACAAAUGCAUGUACAAGCACAGCUUGCCACCAGGAUUCGUCCUGAAGACCAAGGAGCAGAAGGCAUCAGAAAAGGCCUUGAUGGACAAAUCACCGCUCAACACCCUGACGCUGGAGGAUUGGUUGGAAUCCGAACGCCACAAGCUCACGGGCGAUCUGACCCCUGUCACCCCCGAGACCUUCGCCCAGUGGAAGAAGGAGCGCUUGGACAAGAAGGCUGCCGAAGAGCAGGCUCAGAAGGCCAAGGAAGCCACUGGACGAACCUUGUUCGAAAGCGGGAACUGGCGCGCUGAGGACAGCGAGAGUGAGAGUGAAGACGAGGAUGAUGGAGUGUGGAACCUGGAAGCUCUGCGGCGGGAGACGGAGAAGAUCCGCGAGCAGAAGGAAGAGGAACGCCUGGCCAAGCUACAGGGUGAACCCGUGCCGGUUUCGAAUGACGCACAGAUCGCCCAAGAAGGUGCAGGCUGAAUGAGUCCUGUACGAAGCUCCCAAGUAAGCGAACUUGCUUGGGUGUUUGGGCUGCGAACCUCCCACACUACAAUCGGUGAACCGGGCCGUUGCCCGGGCCCGAGAUGUUGAUCGUGUUGAUGGACGGUGGAUACGAUGCUCUCCCGUUGCGUAUCCCGCAGGUAUAUGCUACGUGAUCGUUUGUAUUGAUCUCCGCGACUGGGUUUGAUGGCUCCGACGGUUAACGUGAAGACGGUUUGUCGUGUCGCCUUUGGUUCUUCCCUUCAGAUACCCUGCGAAGGAUAUUGAGGUUUGAUUCAAUGCUCAAAGCCUUGAUCGAGAGAACAGCCAAGGCGGCGGAGAUUACACAGGAUUGAGAUAGAUCAAUGUGUUGCGGUGAGAGGAUGACUGACAUGAUUUACUAAGCCAUAUUUGUAUGUAAGAUUUUCUCUCAAACAUAAGCCAGCGC